AUCGUCACCGGCCCCCUGACCGACUUCCGAGGCAUCGCUGUUUCACAAACCACCAGCUGGGGGGGUUUUUUUUUAAUUUUAUUUUCUUGUUUGCUAGCUCGGCGCUUGCGAUCGAUUAUCGCAUUAUUAGAGCUCUCCUUUAUUUCCCGUGAUCGUGUUUUAUGCUUCCCCUGUCAUCCCCAAUCGUCGCUUUUCACUCGCCCAUCCUCGUGGACGCAUUGCGUGUUCCGCAAACAUGAAUGCCUCUCAGCAACCUCCCACGCUCUCAUAUGCUUAUCCACCCGCCAUGGCGCUGGGCCCGCAAGUCUCCCCAGUUCGUCAGCCGUCGCCACAAGUCCCAGGGGUGAAUCUGGGCUCCAACAACCCCUUUAGAAACCGUGCUCUCUCACCCUCGAACUCGAUUGCCUCAGGUAAUCGCCCAGAACGACCAACCUCGACGAAUCCUUUUCUCGACGAUUACGGACCCCUGUCGCCACAGUCGGCGCCCACUGGCACUGGAAGCAUGGUGUCCCCCAUCGAUCGGCCCGAUAUGACGAACAAUACGCGCGACCUCUUUGAAAACCUCUCGCUCAACUCCAAUCCAGCCCCUCAGCCAACGGGCUACCGACCCGCUCCGUCUCGCCCCGAUCGGCUUUUCCAGAAUGGUGGUACUUCGAGCAGUCACCGCCCAACUACGUCAAGGGAACGUCCGGAACGCCGGGAGAAAGAUCCGCUAGACAUCUUCGCUGACCCGCCGAGUGCAGGCCUGCCGAGGCCCCGGGACCGUGACCGUGACCGUGACCGCCGCCCUCGUCGGAAUUCCGAGUCGUCCAUCAUGGAGCGUCCCAAGCUGCUCGACCCAGAAGACGAGCGGCGCCGACGGGAAAGGAGGCGGCGGGAACGGGAAGCUCGUCAUAGGGACGGCAAGCCUCGCUCCUCGAAAAAGGCCAACUACCAACUCGACAUUAUUGACAAGCUCGACGUGACUAGUAUCUACGGCACAGGAAUGUUCCAUCACGAUGGACCGUUUGAUGCGUGCAACCCGAACCGUAACCGCAAGGGCGUACGCACAGCCCCCAUGCAAGCCUUCCCUGCAGAUUCUGCCAACAUGGCCUUGGGAGGCGCUGGUCCCGUCAACCAAAACAUUAAUCUGGACCUGUUCCAUGGAAGAUCGGAGCAAGGCUAUAACGAUUAUGGCGCAGUCGAGACUCGUAAAACAGAAGGCGUUAACUUCGAUCCCACGUCGCGGAUCGAGCCGGUGCAUGGCGAACAGAGUAUGGGUUUAGGAACCAGCACCUUCUUGGAUGGGGCUCCUGCCAGUAGGGCCGCCAUCCAACGCCGUGAGAGCGAGAAUGACCAACAGAUCAAACAAGGGACGGGGGGUCUGCAACGGAAAAAGAGUUUGGCGCAGCGACUCCGUGGGGUGGGCAACCGCCCGUCCAACGGCCGUGUGGUAUCACCUGAAGCAUCAUAUAUGGCACCCGCGGGCUCCGGCCAUAUCGGAACGAUCAAAGCCAACGAGAAGAACCCAUUCUUCCAGGAUUAUGAUGACGCGUGGGAGAAGAAAGGUGCUCGAAUCGCCGAGGAAUCACAAGGACUGGGACGAGCUCGUUCGUCUAGCAGUCCUAAGCAAAGUUCCGGCCUAGAACGGAGACACACAGAGGACCGAUCAUAUGGAUACGACGAGGGUCGUAAUGCCAACGGGAGCAGUGGCGGCGGCUUUAUCAACCGGAUGAAGAGCUUGCGCAAGCCCCGCCCCGAGAGACGAAUUAGUGACGACUGAAGGUCUUGAGAUGUCCUGUUAUCAUCUUUAUUCUGUACUCCUUGCAUUGGGACCGUAUAACUGGUCAUUAGGGAAGAUACAGAUGGAAGAGCACUGGAUCGCAUCAUUUCACGGCCCACCAGGAGAGUUUCCAAAGGCAGAUAGCAAUGUGG